AUGCAUCGAGUCAUCCCACAACUCCACAAGAAGUACGGGAACAUUGUGCGGACGGGACCUGACGAAGUCAGUAUCUCGGACGUCGAAGCGAUACGUGCCAUAUACGGGCCAGGAUCGAAGUACGCUAAGAGCGACUGGUAUAGUGUGUGGCAGGGGACGCAGCCAACAGAUCUUUUCGCCGAACGCCAUAUUCCCACUCACGCGGCGUUGAAGAGGAAUAUAAGCCGUGUCUACACCAUGAGCUCCAUGACCGGCAUGGAGAAGUUUGUGGACAAUGUUAUCUCCCUUUUCAUCAAGCGUAUGCAUGAAAAUGCCAACACCGUUAUCGAUCUUGGCAAUUGGCUACAACUGCUAGCAUUUGAUGUCAUUGGAGAAGUUUCCUUCUCCCGCAGUUUCGGCUUCGUGGAGGCUGGAAAGGAUGACGGAAUGCUGAACCGCAUCGACAGAGCGCUGGCAUCGUUGGCGUGGGUAGGCCAACUGCCAGGCAUCUACUGGCUGGACCACUACCUUAAACCCUUCAUUGGAACGCACCUGGACGCGUCGCUGCGACAUGGCACGAUUCGUAGUUAUGCGGAAGCUGAGGUGAAGUCGCGACAAGGCCGCGACAGUGACCGCAGCGACAUCCUAGGCCACCUGUUCAAGGUGUCAGCGGACGACCCUUCUGCUCUGGACGAGAACGCAAUCACUUCGGUGGCUACAGCGAAUGUCUUCGCCGGUUCGGACACGACAGCCAUCACGCUACGAGCCAUUGUGUACUUUCUGUUACAGCACCCGACAUGCCUGCAGCGGUUACGCUCCGAGAUGCAGCAGAAGAAGGAAGAUGGCAGUCUUAGCUUUCCGGCGCCUUACUCUCAGCUCAGUGCUUGGCCGUACCUGCAGGCUUGCAUCUCGGAAGCUCUGCGCCUGUAUCCCGCCGUCGGGAUGGCGCUGCCACGAGUUGUGCCAGAAGGCGGCGCCGAACUCGCUGGCCACUAUCUUCCUGGAGGGACCAUCGUGGGCAUGAACGCCUGGGCUGUGCACCGUAACUCGCAGAUCUACGGCGCGGACGUGGAUUGGUAUCGCCCAGAGCGGUGGUUGGAUGCGAGCCGGAAGGGCAAUAUGGAGCGAUGCUUCCUUGCUUUUGGCGGAGGAGCGCGUCUAUGCAUCGGGAAGAACAUCAGUUUGAUGGAGAUCAGCAAGGUGAUCCCGAUCCUCUUUGAUAAAUUCGACAUGGAACUUGUUACUCCUGGAAAACCACUUAAAGAGACGUGCGCAUGGUUCGUCAGGCAGGAGGGUUUAAUAGUCAGACUGCGGCCGCGCAAGUAUGCGUAG